AUGGAGGAGCUGUCUGCCGAAGUCGAGGCGAUGAACAUGGGCGCACUUCGCAGCGCGCUGGCGGCCAGCCUCGCGGCGGAGCGCGGGCUCGACAAGAGCGGCAAGAAGCCGGCGCUGGCGGCGCGGCUGCUGGAGGCGAGAGGGCGAGGGUGCGGGAGGAGCGCGCGGCCGCUGCCGACGGGAGCAGCAGAGAAGGCCGAGGCGGAGCGGGCGGCGAGGCGCGCGAGGAAGGCCAAGGCGGUCGCUGGAGAGGCGCUGGCUUGCGGAGCAGCUAGAGAGGUGGGAGACCAGCAGCCGGACGAGGGUCUGGAGACCGGCGCGGCGGAGGCGUCCGGCGCAGCCCUCGCGCAGCUCGAGGCUAUCGACGAGGCGGUGGAGGCGGGCUCCCUCACGCUCGAGGCCGCCAUCGAGCAGCUCGCGGCGAUGCGCCGCUGA